AUGCAGUAUGCUGUGCAUCAUGAUUUGGACCGUUCACCACCAGAGGUACCACUUAAUUCUUGGUCUGUAAAAUCGGAUGAAGAUACACGCUCUUCUCUUUCCAUGCAACCACUCAAACAACACAGACACAUUUGCAUCUAUCCGAAUUGCGGUUGGAGCUUCAAACGCUAUGAACAUCUCAAGCGCCAUAUGCUAGUUCAUACUGGUGAACGACCACACGCUUGUCCAUUUCCUGGUUGUGGAAAACGCUUUAGUCGCUCUGAUAAUUUACAUGCACACCAUCGUACACACUUGAAGAAAAGGCCAAAGCACCAGCUACACCAUCAGCAGCAACCAUCACCACCCACACCAACAACUACAAAGAAACCAGCUACACCUACACCUACACCUACACCUCCCCAUCAUACGCUUCCUCCAGUUGACCUUGCUCCUCCUGAACCACAACCACAACAUGUUUUAUCAGCAAGUGCUAGUGCUCCUCACCCUCAUCCUCAUCAUCACACACAUCACCAUCAUCAACAGCCACCUCUUCCUCAAGCACAAGCAUACACGUAUACACCCAUGGUUCUCGAUCAGUCAGAUAAGCAACCACUAUCAUUUAUCGGAUACCCACCUGCUUCACCGUUAUGUGGUUAUGGGCAAGAUCAAACCACUGAUAUGACAAGUACAUCUUUACAGCAAUUCAUACCUGAUUGGCAUCCUGGAGGUGUGACAAGAAGAUACUAG